GCGGCGCGAACGCGCGCUCCCGAGGCAGGCGGCUCCCGCAGAGCAAGCCUCGCGCGCGGGCGCAGAGACGAUGCGGGCCACCGCCCGGGCGAACGCCGCGGCUCCCCGCGCGCCCUGAUGCUGUUGGCUGCGCUCCUGGCCGCCGGCCGAGGGCUACCCCUGAGGAAGCGGGGUCCCGGACCCCACAGCCCAUCGAGGAUGGUGGAGGCCUCACCUGCCCCAGAUCCCGGCUCUCCCCAUGAUAAGGAGGAGAUACCAGGAUUUGCUGGAAACCGCCUACAGGCAGAACCAUGUCAACCCAGGUGUCAGGCCCUCCCUGAGCUGCCAGCGGCUCUGACUCUGGGUACAGCCACGCCUCCCAGGACCCUGGAACACACACCCCUGCUGCUGGAGCUGCAGAAGCUGCCAGGAUUGGCCAACACAGACUUGAGUGCCCCGAACCCCAAUAUCCAGGUGACCAUCGAGGUGGUGCAGGACCCCCAGGCCGAGGUAGAGAUGGACCUGCCUUCCGAACCCAGCAGUGUCUGGCCCCCUGCGCGCCCCAGCUGGUGGCCCACCAGGGAGCUCUUCUGGCCCCUCUUCUGGGGCUACCAGGAAGGUGAAGAAGGAGACACCGGCCUCCAAGACACAGCCCCCGGGGAAGUGGAGGAGGAGGAAGAAGAAAAGGGCUAUGCUGCAGAGUAUGGUGAUGGUGAGAACCAGGAGGGCAGUGAAGAGGAGGAGGAGGAGGAGGAGCCUUGGUCCAGUGGGGCCACAGACAACUGGGACUAUGGCUGGUUGGGUCCUCGGGACCGGGACUUCACGGAGCCAGACAGCUAUGACUAUGAGCCUCAGGAGGAGUGGAGCUCCUGGUCCCCCUGCAGUGGGAGCUGCCGCAGCGGCAGCCAGCAAAGAACUCGGCCCUGCGGCUACGCCUGUACUGCCACCGAGUCCCGGGCCUGCGACCUGGCCCCCUGUCCUGGCACCGAAGACGAGCACACCUUGGGCUUUCCCAGUGAGGGGUGGCAGCCCCUAGCCCACAAUGCUACGGAUAUGCUUGAUCCAGACGUGGACAGCUGUGAGAAGUGGCUGAACUGCAAGAGUGACUUCCUAGCUAGGUACCUGAGCCAAGUACUCCAGGACCUGCCCAGUUGCCCCUGCGCGUACCCGCUGGAGGCUGUGUACAGUGCCGUGAGCCUGAGGGAUGAGCAUCAGGGGCGCAGCUUCCAGUGGCGGGAUGCCAGCGGCCCACGGGAGCGCCUGGACAUCUACCAGCCCACAGCCCGCUUCUGCCUUCGCUCCAUGCUGUCGGGGGAGAGCAGCACCCUGGCCGCCCAGCACUGCUGCUAUGACGAAGGCAGUCGGCUGCUGACCCGAGGCAAGGGGGCUGGAGCUCCGGACCUCGUCAGCACCGACUUCUCACCUGAGCUGCACUUCAAGGUAGAUAGGUUGCCCUGGAUCCUGUGCAAGGGGGACUGGAGUCGCUACCACACCGUGCGUCCCCCCAACAAUGGCCGGGCCUGCGCAGACAACCCGCCCGAGGAAGAGUACCUGGCCCAGCUGCAGGAAGCCAAAGAGUACUGAAGAGGGAUUAGAGAAUGGUCCUUCUGCCCCGCCCUGCCCCUGCUGGGCACCGGGCAAGUGUUAGGGUUCAUCUGAGAGGCCCUCUGGCGGGCAUACCCCCUCUUGUGACCCUGAGUCAGGAGAGCCCAGGUAUCUCAAGGAUUGGCGAGAAAGUUGGAGGGUGUGUGAGGGAAUGCCUCUGUGCCUGAAGGGGAGGAGCUGUCCCAGUCUGGCCCGGGCGCUUUCCCCUUUCUUGCAGAACAGGGCCCUUCUGCCUCUCCCUCUGCUCAGGAUUGAGACAGGAUGCUCCCGAUGCGCCCAAGUUCCCAGGAUCUGCUGUGAAUCCCUCAGACCCCCCCCCACCCUAUGGCCCGUUGAGGCAGAGCAUGGGGGGCAGGGGGGACACACAGUCCUUUCAUCUGACCCUACAGCUGCUCUCUGCUGGCCUAGCAGAACCAGGGUGACCACCCCUCCUUGUCUAUGGGUGGCGGGUGGCGCACAGCCUCUUGUGCCUCGUCCCGUGGUCCCGUGCUGUGAGGUCACAGGAGCUUGAGAGGACAGCUGAGCCGAGGCGGGCGUUGAUUCGAGGCAGGGAACCACCAGCUGUUUCCGGUCAUUCUCCUUGGUUCGGUCGGUCCCCAGAAGGAAGGAAUGUGCAGGAUGCCACUGCCAUGGCAGCCAGACAUGGGGUGGGCUCAGAACUAGGGGUGGGCUCAGGAGGGUGUCAUGUGCCUGUCGUAGCAGUCCCAGUGUUCGGUGUGUGGUGUCAGUACCCACAGCAGCGGCCCACCUGAAGAAAGCUCCCUCAUGGCGCCACCCGAAGCACAGGAAUUGGCCUUGGGGUCCGGAGAUGUGCCCUUUGGCUCCCAACACACCUGUGUCUCUUCCCAGGCUCUUCUCAUCCCCCCAACCCGCACUUCUUUGUCUUCUCUGGAGCUGAAAUGUUUGAAGCCCCAAUAUUUUUGUCUCCAUUCACAAAUCCCCCCAAAAGGACUUGGCAGGGGCUUGAGUUCCAGCCCCCUCCACAGCUGUCUGGAAGCUGCCCUAGGACCCUCGGCAGUAAAGCACUUUAUUUCCACACACUGUUUGAGAAAGGAUUUGGGGUCUGGAAGAAGGGAGGGUGUGGAGGCCCUUGCUUAUCGCCCAGGUCAAACUCCUCUUGGCUGGGCUUGCGAUAACCAAGCCAACUCCUUUUCCUAAAGCAGCUGCCCUUGGGGCUUCCUGAAUGCAGGGACCAGACUCUCGCCAUUAGUUAUGCCUGCUCACACCCAGAGCAGGCCGCCUUUGAGCCUGUCUAGCAGCUGGCUAGACCCACAGGCCCAGAACUCCAAAUCUGCGAUGCACAGGUAAACCGCAUUUACUCUGCAGGGAAGUGGCACCUCUUUUCUCCAAGAGAUUAGCUUGGAGGGGACCAGCCUGACAUGAGAGGUGCAUCUGUACUUUCCCGUAGCCUGUACCCUUAUCAGACACCCAACUGUCAUCCCUAACAUUUCGGGGAAAGGCAGAGUUAUGGCAGGGUAUAUCUUUGUCUGGGUCCAAACAUCAAUCUAAAUAUGUUCCGGUGCAAGUAGAAUAUUAGUGGGUCGGAACAGAGGGUCUCAGGUCAUCAGGUAGGAGCCAGGUUCCCUCCUCUCUGUUCCCUAAGGAGUUCAGUGCGUGUCUAUAAUCCUAGCCCUUGGGAGGCUGAGACAGGAAGAUUAUGAGGGUUGUUGUUGUUGUUGUUUGGUUAUUUUUGUUUCUUUAUUUGGUUUUUGAGACAGGGUUUCUCUGUGUAGCCCUGGCUCUUCUGCAACUCACUCUGUAGACCAUGCAGGCCUCAAACUCAAGCGAUCCACUGCCUCUGCCUCCCGAGUGCUGGGAUUAAUGGUGUGUGCUGCCACCGCCCGGCUGGGUUGUGGAUUUUAAACCAUCUCCCUGUCUAUACAUCAAAGUAACUUACCAACGUGAAUGGAUUCAGGAGGUAGAGAUAUUAGUUCCUCGUGUUCUAAUAAAAUUGCCCUUGGGGACCAAGAACAAGUUCACCACGGAGAAGGUAGACAUUACUGUUGGUCAUUUAAGAGCCUGAAGGGGCAGCCGGGCAGGAUGUGUCUGUGCUGAGAGGACCCCUCUCCACUCUGCCCAUGGUCCUUCUGCAGGAAAGUGAUUGACAGGCUUGGAAAUGCUGGGAGCAGGCUCAAGGGGAGCAGGGGAGCCGAAAAUACUGGUGGCCAGGAGUGCAUCUUGGGUUACCUAUCGAGACUUGGUCCCCCCAAAAAACAAAACAAUAGAUCCUGGGGAUGUAGCUCAAUGGUAGAGCACCUGCCUAGCAUGCAUGAAAACCCUGGAUUCAAGCCCCGGUAACACAUCCACAGAGCACAAGACUAUUUUGUUUGUGUCCGACCAGGGUCUUUCUGGCUUGUCCAGACUGGCCGCCUGAGCGCAAGUGAUCUGCCUCUUCCAGCUUCUGUAUAGCUGGGGCUACAGGCAUGGUCUGUCACCUUCUGUUCCUUUUAAUUAUGUUUUAGCAGAAACUUUAAAAAAACAAAACCCAAACAUCCCAGCGUCUCUCCAUAGGCACUGCCCAUUCAGCUCCUUUCUAGUAGAAUUUUUAUCUUGGCACUUUAAAUAUCAUCCAAAUCUAAUCAAUGCCCAGGGGUUGUCUAGUGGACUCUAAAUGCCACGCUAAAUUGCUUCCACGUCAAGCCCCAGGUGAGAGAAACCUGAAGAAAGGAAAGAGAGGUUACCGGGAGCGAGGCUUGCAGGGGGAGUAGCCGAUCCGCUGUGAAUGAAGUGUUUAUUCAAGCUGUGCUAAGGAGAAAGAGACCCUGUGCAGGUGAAUGCGGGCUUACGGAACACCUGUGCAGGGGGACAAGCACCAAUGACGGGGUGUGUGUGUCACUGAACCUAUGAAAGGGAAGGUUUAGGAGUGGCUAGUGUCAGACCCAGGAGGCCUUGAAAUCAGAGAAGGCUCUUCCUCUUCAGCUCAGCCUCACGUCGCACACCUUUCUGACUCGCCAGCUGCGCGCCCAGCAAGAAUACCAACCCCGUGAAUACCGUCACCGUGGAGCCCCAGUCACCAAGCUGGUUUUGUUCCCUCUUCUCUCUCUGUUUUGCUUCACGCAGGCCCCUAGGCUAGGCAGGACAGAUCAAGUUGAAAAGAGCCAGCAGCACAGACGUAGGAUGCUUCAAAGCUUCCCAAAGAUCGGAUAUGCCCCUUGCUUCCUCUACUACAGGUAGACUUUUUUUUUUCAUGUUUGAAGUGCUUCUAAAAAGCUAACCCCGCCGGGCGGUAGUGGCACACGCCUUUAAUCCCAGCACUCGGGAGGCAGAGCCAGGCGGAUCUCUGUGAGUUCGAGGCCAGCCUGGGCUACCAAGUGAGUUCCAGGACAGGCGCAAAGCUACACAGAGAAACCCUGUCUCGAAAAACCAAAAAAAAAAAAAAAAAAAAAGAGCUAAACCCUGACAACUAGAGUGAGCUAAGACAUGAAAAUGCAAAUGUGUGGGCCAUGCAUCGACACUUAGAAAGUAAAAAUCUCUAUAGAGGUGAAGUCUGAGAUUCUGUGUUGAGCAGGGUUUUCCCAGGUGACCCUAAGGUAUGGAAACCCAUUGUUCUGGGGACGGCCAUCUGAACUAAACCAGUAUGUCAUAGUA